AUGCAUCUGUUCAGCACCCUCGCCGUCGCGGCUGUGCUGCCCUUCCUCGCAUCAGCUCACAUGCAGAUGAGUGAGCCAUUCCCCAUCAACAGCCCGGAAGACCCUGCUGUGCCUGCCAACCUAAAAGACAAUGACUACUCCUCGCCUUUGAAGGCUGAUGGGUCAAACUUCCCCUGCAAGGGUUACCACAAGCAAGAAACUUCUCACGUGUCCAAGGCGACAUACAAAGCUGGUGGACAAGGCCAGCUGUCCAUCAAAGGAGGCGCAUCUCACAACGGAGGUUCCUGCCAGAUCUCUCUCUCGUACGACAACGGUGAGACAUGGAAAGUCAUCGAAUCCAUGAUUGGCGGAUGUCCUCUCACAACCUCCUACGACUUCACCAUCCCCCAAGACGCCCCUUCUUCGACUGAUGUCCUGCUUGCAUGGACAUGGUUCAAUAAGGUCGGCAACCGAGAGAUGUACAUGAAUUGUGCUCGUGUCACCGUUGAAGGUUCCACGCCUGGUCGCCACCGCCGAGCGCAAGUCGUAAGCCGUGACAACGCCUUCGACUCCCUACCCGACAUGUACACCUGCAAUCUCGGUAAGGGCUGCACUACCAAGGAGGGUGAGGACGUCGCCUUUCCUGAACCUGGCUCAAACGUCAUAAAUGGCGGCGGCGGUUCCUCAAGCUCUAGCGGCGCAUCAGGUGCUGGCAACGGCUCCGGUGGCUCUGGUGCUCCAGCUCCAGCUGUUUCUUCACCAGCCGCUUCCUCACCAGCUGCACCAGCACCAAGCCGAGCUUCCUCAGCCCCUGCUGCUAACUCAGCAAGCCCAGUCUCUGCUCCCUUUCCCACGGGCACGAACUCAACACGCUCAGCACCGGCUCCAUCGGGUAGCAACGUUGUGAUCCCUAUUGCCUCCAACGCUCCAGCUCCAGCGGCCCCAACGGCAUCGGCUCCUGCCGCCCCCACUGCACCAGCUGCACCAGCUGCACCAGCAGGCGGAUCCUGCACUGCCGGGUCAAUCGUUUGCAACUCACCAACGACCUGGUCGAUGUGCGUGGGCACUUCACUCGUAUCGAUGGGCUCAGUUGCUGCUGGAACAACGUGUGUCGACGGAAAGAUUGCAUAA